AUGGCAGCAAGACCAAGAGCAAGGAAAAGGGUAUUUCCCCUUCUACGAGCUCCAGAUGGAAGCGCCUUUCAGAAAUGUGGUACGUGUGGGGUUUCUGUGGCGAUUGCAUUGGCUGAUAUUCAUGAUUGUGAGCACAAGAUGGAGCCUAAGAGGUUUAGAGGAAUGGUUGAAACUAAAUCACUUCCCGAAUCCAAGCCACGUUUUUUUGAUCAGCCUCGUUCUGCUUUCCCUUUCUUUGCCAGGGAACAAUUUGCAGAGAAUCAUCAACUAAACAAUUUGCUUAUGGUUGAAAGGAUGGGGUUUGAGAAGUGGAAAAGCAUGAAUGACUCGGAGAAAUUUCCAUAUGUAUUUCAUGCUAGAGUAGUGGACGGUUACUACAAAGAUACUUUGAGGAAGGAGGCUGAAGAGAUCAUAAAGGUGGAUGAUGAGGCUGAAUCAGCAUUGGUUGAGAAUCUUGAGAACAACGAUGGCGAUAAGGCCAAAGGAAAAGUCACAUUUAUAGACUCUGAUUAG